AUGCAAAAUAUAGAGUCCGUUCUAUUCGACUCACAACCCAAGGCUGACGACCGGAAAACGGUUCGUUCUGAUGCGGAUGGAUAUACACCAUCACUCGCUCAAGUUCCAUUCGACACAGUGGCGCCAAAGGCCGUUUAUGAACGAGAAAGCGAUAAAAGUGGUCAGGGACGAGCGAGUUUACUUAACGAAGCCGAACUCCAAAAAUAUUAUGUGAAAGAUCCUGAACCUAUCUGUCAGUGCGGUGCUGGACCAGAGGAUGUGUCCUACCGUCACGAUGCCUUCUCUAACGUCGCCCUGUGUCAGUCUGCUAAGGAGAAGCGCAUUAAUCGGUUAUCCAGUGUCAUAGCCGCUGAUCAUGUCGAAAGCGCAGAUUUACCUGACUUGUCCGUUCUUGGAGAUGCCAGUUCCCAGCUCCCGUCUAAUUCGCGCAGUCAUCUGGAGAACCUGCGGAAUGAUCUGCGACGUAUCCAGAACCAAUGGGUAUUCGAGCAACGUGUUGGGAAGGUUGCUGAUCCCGAGGAUGUGGAUCGUUUGAUCCACGAAGUGCAGACUGAAAAAGUCAUAUCGAAUUCGGUGUUUUACGAUGUGACUCGGCAGGCAGCUGGUGAGUGUGAAGCUCGCGGUGACCUUUUAGACUCUAUUCGGAAAAAAUACAACUCACUGGUCGGCCAAGUUUCUCCACCCCUGGAACGCAUUGCAAAUGAGCUGGAAGCACAAAGAAAUCUGGAUAAAGAACUGGCCACGGUGUUAUUAGACUAUCAGAUGUGGUGGCGACAAAGGUCGCUUCCACUGGAAGAGAGCCACCAGCAGAGCGAGAGUAUGCAUCUCAAUGUGGAAAAGGAUAUCAAAGGGCUAAAUACCACUUUAACUGCUUUGCACAGCGAAAGCUAUCAUCUGAAAAGCCUGAUCACACUCCAUGCUGCUUACCGCGCCCGAUCUGAGCAGAACAUGCAAGAAUUGGUGCUGGCUCGGGAAGAUUGGCAGGAUUUAGCAUAUAAUGUUUGUGGCAAAGGUAUCAAAGAUCAGCGCCUGGUCAAGCUAACGGAAAUGCAUGUCCUGCACCAAAUGUGGUACAUCGCAGCAAAGCGGCGAUAUAAGGACUUACAAGUCCUGGAUGACAACGAACUGGCCCAGAUCCAAACAGUAGAGAAAGAAUUUCUCGGAACACUGAAAGCUCUUGAAGCCAGACUCCUAGAACAAGAGACUGGUACGGUGCACCUCGUGCAGAUCCUUCGGACUGAUAUCGACAAGAAACUCCAUCAUACGUUGUUUCGAAAUUUUAGACACACAGGAAUUAUGGAAAGCUUCUCUGCCUGGCAGCAGAUCCUAAAUGAAAUUGCCGGCUACUUUUCACAGGAAACAGAAGCCAAUCACUUGAUUUACGUACAGCGAUUGGAAUUCCUCUUCGAGUCAGUUGUUCAAAGAACCUUGGUGCUGUACAUUAGGUACCAGAAACGGGAUGAUUCCAUAGCGUCUAAUAGUCCGCAUAGCCAGUUACGGAAGUCCAUGUAUAGUGACAUCAAGCUGCAUUUUGUUGAUCGAAUGCAUGGCAGUGCUUCGUUGCGUAAUUGGCUGUUGGAGAUGAACCAGUCUAUUGAUCUAUUAAGAGCUGAUACCGUCAGUGGAUCGGCGUUCACUGAGAAGGUGUGCUUGUUGUUGGAUCGCACCCAUAAUAUGUUGACUCUGAUGAAGAACGAUUUCUCGCUAACAUCGGCUCCGAAAUCACAUAAUAUAAUCAAGCGUUUUACGCAUGCUGCCACCGCUUGGAGUCUGUUUUCCCAGAGUGCCCUGAAUGCCGCUACGGCCUCUAACGCAAAAGAAGCAAUCGAGAGCAUUGAUGUUUUGCGCGGCAGGACGGAAGCGACUGUCCACGAUCUGGAGCGGAUUUCUGCAGUCCUUGACGGCAUCGUACUACCUCCGCCUCAACACGAAGACGACGUAGAACUCCGCACCAGUUCGCGCGAAAGUUCUAUAAUGGAAUUAGUGGAAAAGUGGAGAAUUUAUUCUGCCUUGUGUGUCAAUUUCGCGUAUGAGACCGUAUCCAAAGAUCUCAUUACAUUCCUUCCCAUGUCGAAAUUGGCAAUCUACGAUAAGAACACUUUAAAAGAAGAACUAGCGUAUGGCGAUUCAGCUGCCAAUUACGACAAAGCGCUCGAUAACAUCUUGGAUAUCCCACCGUGUCUCCACGGAGUAAUUCGAGAUUAUUGGAUAAAAGAUGACCAUGUAGAGAUCGCCUGCGUAGGCGAUGACGAAAAUGUUUACGUUAAACCGUUUCGGCUGAUGACGUCGGUGAACACUGAUCGAACAUUAUCGUCCGAAUUAAUGGAAGAAUUCAGCAAGCUGUCUCAGGAAUUAAGUGCCGAGAAGAUUCGGACGGUUAAACUGACCCUAAAACUGAUGGAGUUAGAAAGGGAGCUCGCCGAAAUCAACCUUUCGAACCAAAACCUGGAUCUGAAUGUACAGUAUUAUCAAGCCAGAAAGCAACAGACAGCGCCACCAGAGAUCGCGCUUCCGGCAAUGCCAUUGGUUGAUUUGGAAGAGAAGAUGUACCAUGCAAAACUGCUGCCGCCAUUGCUGUGUGUAACGGACGAUGCCGAACCGCUUAACGCCAUGCAACCCUGGGAUUACAUCAUCGACAAGACGUUCUACAUUUCGGACACCGUUAUUUUGUUUACUUCGCAGUAACAAUAUCGCGUGUACAUCAUAGAAAUCUGGGCGCCAUUUAACGGCUAUGUUCUCUACGAUAAUACAACUUGAUUAUGUGUUGCAGUACUUAUAAAAUUGUGUGUUCGUAACAUAUCCUUCAGUGUUUAUAGCAGCACAAGAAGAUUUGAAUAGCGGCAAAGCAUUUCAGAUUUACAUG